CGCGAGCCACGUUUCACCGUUUUUGCCAAAGAGAAACGCGUAACACAGAGAUUUUUGGUAAUGAUCGUUCACGGAUCGGGCCGGUUGUCGCUGAUCGAAGCCGCGUGUUUAGCCCAUCGACUUUGAUGGAUAUUGGAGGGAACUUCCGGCGGAUGUGGCUGCUGGGUUGAUAAGCCGGUUGUGCGCUAUCGCGAUAAGGAGUUGUGGAGCGGUCGGGAGAGGAUUCGUAGUGCGCCAGCUGCUCGAUUGGUCAAAGAGGAUCGGCACGGUAGAAUGUUCAGCUGAUCGGAAUGACGAGGCACUCUCUGGUGAUCCUAUGCUGCUACCUGUACACGCUCUUUGACAUGGUGGCCCUGCAUUUUCCCGAGGAAAUAUGCGAACCGGUACUUUCCACGGAGGUCGAAGGCUGGCAUAUUAAAGUCGAUAGCCUAUCGUCCAGUACGUUUCGACUUUCGGCGAGAAAGCGCGGGUACCGGUUUUUUCCGAAGAUCGAAAGGGAGUCGGACCUCGAGGAAUACGGCAGGAAGGAGGCCUCUCUGUCACUCAGGGACAUCCUCCCGUUGAACCCGAAGCAAUACGACAAGCACAGAGCGCCCAAGUUCCUCGGCCAGCCUACCAUUGUCUACUUCCACGUGACGGUGCUCAGCCUCGACUCCAUAAACGAGGAAUCUAUGACGUACGUCGCGGACAUAUUUCUGGCGCAAAGCUGGCGGGACUCUAGACUGCGACUUCCGGAGAACAUGUCCGAGGAGUACAGAAUAUUGGACGUAGACUGGCUGCACAAUAUCUGGAGACCUGACUGCUUCUUCAAGAACGCGAAGAAAGUCACCUUUCACGAGAUGUCCAUACCGAAUCACUAUCUCUGGCUGUACCACGACAAGACGCUGCUGUACAUGUCGAAAUUGACUCUCGUGCUGUCUUGCGCGAUGAAGUUCGAGUCCUAUCCUCACGACACUCAGAUUUGCUCAAUGAUGAUCGAAAGUCUGUCGCACACCACCCAGGAUCUGGUGUUCAUUUGGAACAUGACGGAUCCUUUGGUGGUGAACCCGGAGAUCGAGCUGCCCCAGCUGGACAUUUCAAAUAAUUACACGACCGACUGCACGAUCGAGUACUCGACCGGCAACUUCACGUGCAUCCAGAUCGUGUUCAAUCUGCGCCGUCGGCUGGGCUAUCAUCUCUUCCACACGUACAUACCGUCCGCGCUGAUCGUCGUCAUGUCGUGGAUCGCGUUCUGGAUCAAACCGGAGGCGAUCCCGGCCCGGGUCACCCUGGGAGUGACGUCACUGCUGACCCUCGCGACUCAGAACACGCAGUCCCAGCAAUCACUGCCGCCGGUCUCCUACGUGAAGGCCAUCGACGUGUGGAUGUCCUCGUGCAGCGUGUUCGUGUUCCUCUCGCUCAUGGAGUUCGCCGUGGUGAACAACUACAUGGGACCAGUGGCCACCAAGGCGAUGAAAGGCUACUCCGACGAGGAUCUAAGGGAAGCUAUCGACGAAUUCAAAACACCAAUGAGGAACGAGUCCGAGAGGAGCAGAAGCCCCGUCAGACCUGCGACCGUGCAAUACGACACCUGCUGCCAGGGCCGAGCAACAGCCAUUUACAUCGACAAGUUCUCCAGAUUCUUCUUCCCGUUCUCCUUUCUCAUCCUGAACGUCGUCUACUGGAGCACCUUCCUGUAAAAGGGACGGACGAGGGCGGAAACGAAGAUCGCUGGAUCAUCUCUGGACAAUCUCCAAUCGUUCGAUCUUUCUUAGCCUAUCCAGGGUU